CUGCUUUGCGCUCCGCGUUGUGCCGCGGUGUGGAUGCGUACGGACCUGUCCUCGGGGAAACAGCUCCCGGCGCUUCCACAAAAACUCCAACCCAAACAAAACGCCCACUUGGAUAAUUAAAACGGUAUUUGACAGACGCAAUUUCUACUUCCAUUCUCAUCCCUGGGCCACCUGGUACAGAUGUUAUCUUUCUAAGACUGAUGCAAACAUGGGAGGUGAAUCCCUGCUGCAGAGGAUAACUCCAACUUGUCACGUUCACUCCUCUUCCAGCAAACUCUUCUGAGGCCAGUUCUUCUUGAGAGCUGUCUCGGCUGGAAAACACAGAGUGUCUGGUAAUGCUGGCGGGGUAGCACAGGAAGAACCACAGCCUUCUGCAGGGAGACGUGCCAAAGGAACCACAGCCAGCACGCCGAAUUCAUGUGGCGUCAGUAGGAAACAUGAAGCACCCAGUGCAACAGAAGCACAACUCACUCACUAUACUCCAGAAUUGGACAGAGGAAAUGUCACCAAGGGGUUUGUCCAGUAGAGGUUCCAUCCAUAAGAAACUGCACACCAGAACUCACGAGAGUAUGAAACCCAACCUGAUCUUCCUCCCGUAACUUCUACUGGUAAAGAUCACCUUUAAAAGGGAACAUGGAUUUAAUAAACUCAACAGAACAAAACAGUACAUCAGAAGAACUAUUCAAGUGGGUGACAUCCAAGAUUCUCAUUUCCAUUACCCUGUCUGUGCUUGCGCUAAUGACAACAGCCAUCAAUUCUCUGGUGAUGACUGCAAUAAUUGUGACAAGAAAACUCCACCACCCCGCCAACUAUUUGAUCUGCUCUCUCGCAGUGACUGAUUUCCUUGUGGCAGUCCUAGUGAUGCCCUUCAGCAUUGUCUACAUUGUAAAGGAGACUUGGAUCAUGGGGCAAGUAGUGUGUGACAUUUGGCUGAGUGUGGACAUUACGUGUUGCACAUGUUCCAUCCUGCAUCUCUCUGCCAUUGCUUUGGAUCGUUACAGAGCAAUCACAGAUGCUGUGGAAUACGCACGGAAAAGGACACCAAAGCAUGCUGGUAUCAUGAUUGCAGUGGUAUGGAUCAUAUCCAUUUUUAUCUCCAUGCCGCCUUUGUUUUGGAGGCACCAGACAACCAGCAGGGAUGAUGAAUGCAUCAUCAAACAUGACCACAUUGUUUCCACCAUUUACUCUACAUUUGGCGCCUUCUAUAUCCCCCUGGCCUUGAUUCUGAUCCUUUAUUACAAGAUAUACAAGGCAGCAAAGACCUUUCACAGAAGAAGUGUCAGCAGGAUAGUCAGGGAGGAGGUAAAUGGACAAGUCCUUUUGGAUGCAGGUGAGAGAAGCACCAAAUUGACUUCAAUGCCCAGCACAAUGGAGAAGACAUCAGAUCCACUGGUGGACUGUGAUAAAAUCAACGUCAGCAUACGAAGCCCCAGAUCUGAAUCUAAGCAUGAGAAGUCUUGGAAAAAACAGAGAAUCUCUAGUACAAGAGAACGAAAGGCAGCAACUACUCUGGGUCUGAUCCUGGGAGCUUUUGUGAUCUGCUGGCUCCCUUUUUUUGUAAAAGAAGUAGUUGUGAACACCUGUGAAAGAUGUCACAUUUCAGAAGACAUGUCUAAUUUCCUAGCAUGGCUGGGAUAUAUUAAUUCCCUUAUUAACCCUCUAAUCUACACAAUCUUUAAUGAAGAUUUCAAGAAAGCCUUCCAGAAGCUUGUGCGGUGUAGGCAAUAUCUUUAAGAGCUUUUGUUCAUAUAAGCAAAACAUACUCAUUGCUUUUUUUAACGUGUAUAAAUUUAUAUAACUGAGAACACAUUUGUUGUAAUUGAGGAAAAGCACCAAGACUCUGCAUUCACAUUAUGACUCUUUUAUAUAAGUAGCACUGGGAGCACAAAUUGCCCAAGUUUUAAAGAGAUGGAUCUUCCAGGAUUGGUUUUGCUCUGAAGAAAGAGGUAGCAUAUAUUCAUUGAGACCCUGACCGUGCUGGCAUUUGCAGAGCUGCUUAGUUUGAAGCAUAUAGGUAUUACAUUAAAUAUGAAGGAAAUACACACUCUUGAAGUAGAUAAAAGAAACAAAUUUUAAAAAAGAAGAAAAAAAAAAAAGCAACCGUAAGUGACUGAUGAAGUUUUAAGUAAACGACAAACAGAUACUGGUCCCUGCUAUCAGUAAAAUGGAAAAUACAACUUCAUAGGCCUGCAGCACAGAGCCAAGAUAUUUUGAACAAAGGGUGGCAGCCUUAAAUAUUCCUAGCAUUGUGCUAUAUUGACUAGCUGAGUUCUGCUCCAGCCCUGCUCUUCCCCAGGACUUUCAUGUGUUAUGCCCUUGCAAUGCCCCAGUAGUAGGCAAGACACUUUCACAGCCCAGUUGUUCAUAGUGAGCCAAUAUUAUGUGCCUUCUGCCAUUGCAUUCAAGACACACAUUACAUUCAAGACACACAUAGCCAUAGCCCCAAGAGAAUGGUAUGGUAGUCAGUGUACCUUCAGUGAUUAGGGUUUCAGAGCCUGGUGCUCUGGGACUCCGUUUCGGUAGGGUCUAUGGUAAAAAGCUACUGGUUGUCCUUCUACUGUUGGUAGAAACAUGAGAUAAUCCCUGCUCAUGAUUUCAUCUCCAUCUCACAUGCCUGUCCAGGCGCAACUCCUCUAUAUUUCUGAGUACCAAACUUAUCUACACAGUUUGUGCCAGGGCUCCCAUAUCACUGUUGAUGGUGGCUGGCUUACUGAGGUUUGCUUUAGAGCCACCAAAUGAAGUUUCAGCUCAGCACAUGCUCCUCCACCCCCAGAAGCAUAAUGUCCCCCACGUCUUUUCUCAACUCUGCCUCAAGCACUAAGGCUGUGCGCCUUCUCCCCAGUCAUGUUAGGAAGCAGAUUCCAACCACAGUUUAGGCAGCAUGGGUCUCCAGAAAAGCCUCUGCAGCCCUUCUUCAGAAAGGGCAGGGAAGCGAUCUCAGUCUGUGGUACACACCUGGGGAGGGAUCCCGUACUUGGAGGAUGCCUCCAAAACCCCACUUCUCCCAAAGCUUCUGGCCCUGGUCCCCGGUCCCAGAAAAGCUGAAAAGACCUUGUGUGCACUCCAGCUUGUAUUUUUCCCCCAAGAUACAAGCUGCCACAACAGCUGUCAAAGGUGUUUCAUGAAAGAUGAUAAGGUUAGAGACCUGAGAAAUUGAACUAAUUUGUUUCUGUCACUUGAAAUUUACUGUAUUCUGCUUUCACAUCAAGAUCCAAAUGAGAUAUUAUUCACAAGUACCAGAAACCAUGCGUUUGUUUUACUGUUGAUUUUAACCCCUCUAUGAAGCUAGUGGAAAGCUUGCUUGUCACAUCAUAGCUCUAGUAGCUCUAGUGCAGCAGAAGCACAGCUAAAUUUUGAAGGCAUUAGGAUGCGGCAGCAUGUAAUUUGGCUUGUAUGCCGCAUAAAAUAAUGCAUUUGAUAACUCUGCAGUCAGAGUACAGCUGCAGCAGUCCCUGUGACCUCAGAGAUGGCUAUAUUAUGCUGAAAGAAAAUAACUGUGUUCAGGAUCAGCUGUGCUCUGCUGUCUCCAGAAAGCCACAGAACUCAGCUUCAUCAAAGGAUUACCAGAUUAGCAGAAGGCCGCAAGGAAAACCACAGUGAAACGUUUAAGUUUGAAGUACUGCAUCCCUUGUUUUUUAAGUACUAACUCUGGAUAUUUAAAACCAAGGCUUCCUGUCCCCCUGCUCUUCCCUAUAAAUCUGCUGGAGGGUAGAGUGUACUAUUUUUCUCUUACACGCAAGAUGUUUGACAAUGUCUUGUGAAAACAAAUUGGAAGAAAAAACAAGGAUUGCUUUUGAGGAGAAAAGGUACUGAAGAUACUCAUAAUAGAUAAGGCUCAGAGAAUAGAAAUGUAUGUAGAUAAAUAGAAAAUAGCUCUCAUUUAUGCACUGUCAACAACACCAUACUCUGAAACUAAUUAAGCUGCUAAAUAUUUCUCAAAAUACAGGGUGAGUUUUCUUUGUAACCUUCUCACUGAGCUCUAUGCACUCAUCCUUCAAAACCCCAGUGGUGGAAGAUGCAACUACAAGAAACCUAAGCAAGCAAGCAGGUAGUUAUCUCAUUAAAAGCACUUACAGAUUGUGGACUAUCAUUUCUUGGUGUCUGAAACUUCCAUGGUGACAAACACUGACUCCAUUACACAUCCCCACACAGUACCAUUUCAUCUUUAGCAUCUAUCUGUGCAUGUGAUAUGCUAUGAAAACCUCUAAUUUUCUCCUUCAAGACACACAAUAGCUAAGGUUUCUGCUGGAUGCAGAUUUUCCUUCCCCAAAAGAUACACAGGCACCAACUGGAGCUCAGCAUUGAAUUAAAAAAGCAAGAGAAAGACUGCAAGAUUUUAUGCACUGGAAUUAAGACUUAUUUUUUACAAUUAGCUCUUUACCCUGUAGGAGUUCAGUCCUCCAAAUAGAAAAAGGAAAAAAAAAAAAAAAAAGAAAAAGGAAAAAAAAGUCUGCUUUCUUAACUCUAUUUUUCAGAAGAGAGCAUAUGUAUUGGAGGAAAGGGUUUUCCAUCUACCUCUGCCUUGGACAAAGCUCCCUGGACCUCUAUCGCUGCAGCAGCUGCCCUCCUACUUGCUGCUUACUGCCCAACUGCCCAUCCAUUUAGAUUGCUUCAAACUCUUGGAGAACGGGACUUGGAGCAGCUGACCUAUUCCCACUUCAUCUUUCACAGAGGAUGAUUCCAGAAGUAGCUAUGAAGGCUACAUCCAAUUCAGGUAGACACUUUUACUAACAGUAAGAAAUUAAGUACACCUCAUUUUCCUGUGCUUAGUCCUUCUCCUUGCCUCCCUACCAAAUGGUGUCCUUUUCUCUUGAGGAUAGCACAUUCCUACAGAAGGACUGGGGUAUGAAUACACUUUUGUUUUCAUGACGCAGUCACACUUGUUAAUGCAUGACUGUACCACCCAGAAACACCCACCUCAUCCAAAUGUGCUUUUGGCAAUCACCGCCUUCAGCUGGUGUCUAAUUGUUCUUAGCGUUAGGGAGGCACACAGAAAUAAGUAUCUGCCAAAUUAUUUUCUCCAGUAGUUACAAACUCAGCACAUUACUUCCAGGCAAGCACACAUUCCUACUUGGCCUUUGUAUUUCAGAUUCCUUUGCAAAAGGAAACAGAAAAUCACCCCUGUAGCUACAGUAAAGGGAGGGCUUUUUAGAGCUCUGCAGAUCAAAGAAAAAAAGGCUGCAGGAAAAGCAGGAAGAAACCCUUGUAGCAGACCUGUAAAGACUGAGCAUAAAUCUAAUGCUUGCAAGCAUUUCAGAGCCACAAGAAGUGAGAUUUACCUACUGUUUUCUCUCCUAUUCCUCUUCUGAAAAGUGCUGAUAC